AUGGCCGUUUUAAAUGAUGCCGAUAUUGAAAACCUUUUAGAUAUUGAUUCUAAUGGUGAUUUAAGUGAUAGUUCAAGCAUUAUUAGUGAUCAUUUAACAGAGUCUGAGUUCGAAAAUAGUAGUGGUGACGACGAUGUCAAUAAUGAAGAUGACGGUGACAGUAGUUCUCCAGAUACUCAAGCAAGCCGUUUACGUUUUUAUUAUGGUAAAAAUAGAUGUAAGUGGGCUACAGAUGCACCUGCUCGAUCACGCACACCACGACAUAAUAUUAUAACUCAUGUAUCAGGAGUGAUCGGUGAAGCUAAAACUAACAAACCACAAUUGCCUAUUGACGCAUGGUACUUGUUUUUGGAUAAUGAAAUUUUACAAAUAGUACUUGAUAAAACUAAUGACAAAAUUACAGAAUUGAGCGUAAAAUAUGGCAAAACAGCAACUUUUGUAAAUCAUUUAGAUAUGGUUGAAUUUAAAGCAUUUAUUGGCUUACUUUUUUUGUCGGGUGUAUUCAAAUCAAAUCACGAAGAUGUUCGUUCUUUAUUUGCUACUGAUGGGACUGGCCGUGAUAUUUUUAGAGCUACAAUGAGUUUGAAAAGAUUUCUUUUUAUUAUUACGGCUCUUCGGUUUGAUGAUCCUAGUACUAGAAAUGAGAGAAUAGAAAAUGGUGAUAAACUGGCUCCAUUUUCUGAAAUUUUUUAUUUGUUUAUCACUAAUUGCCAAUCAUGUUACUCCCCAUCAGAAUAUUUGACCGUGGAUGAAAUGCUUGUCGCAUUUAGGGGCCGUUGUCGUUUUCGAAUUUAUAUGAAAAGUAAACCUAACAAGUAUGGAAUAAAAAUAAUGUGUUUAUGUGAUGCUAAAAUUAGUAUCCGAACUAAAACGCCUGGGACUCACAUAUGUGUGUACUGUACGAAACAUAAAAGAGAAUUACCUCAGCAAUUUAUAAGUACAAAAUGUAGACCUCAGAGUAAUUCGCUAUUUGGUUUUCAGUCAGAUAGAACAAUAGUUUCUUACAUUCCGAAAAAAAAUUUAAAUGUUGUUCUGAUUUCGUCUAUGCACUACGGCAAAGAUAUUGAUCAUAAAAGUGAAAAACCAGAAAUAAUUGAGUUUUAUAACUCAACUAAAAGUGAUGUAGAUACAUUAGACCAAAAAUGUUCUGGGUACAACGUUGGACGCCGUACAAGAAGAUGGCCACUAGCAAUUUUUUAUGCGAUGUUGAAUAUUUCUAUGACAAAUGCUCCAAUAAUAUAUUCAAAUUCAAAUUCAAACACAAAAAUAACUCGUCAGCAGUUUAUAGUACAAGUUGGAAAAUCUUUGAUUUUAGAACACCUUGAACAGAGAACUCAAAUGCACAAUUUGCCUCGAGAUAUUGCAACAGCA